AUGCGCAUAUACAUGCGAUUGUUGAGGACAAUGAUCAAUGAUGAAGACUCAUGUCAUAUGCACUGGCAUCGUUGCAGUCCCGCAAUGGCCGUCCCGAUUAUCAUUAUUGCCGUCGCUCAGGUUGCGAUCGCAAAGACUGCGCAUGUGACGUUUUGGAGUAACGACGCUAUCAUACUCACAUACUCACUAGUAGGUGGCAGUUGGAGUCUUUCUUCUUUCUUUCUUUCUUUCCUUUUCUUUUUCCGCCUCUUUCCCGUGACUUCUUUGACGGCAGCAACGGGCUGGAAAAGGAAGUCUGCCUUGGGAAGCAAACGAGAUAAAGCAAGCCAUGGCAUCUCCAAUGCUCACCAUGCCCAGGAUGGGGGGAACCAAUGA